AUGCUUUGCGACGUAUGUAUUGGCAUGCUUACCCGACGGACGGGACAGUUCUUCGAUGGCACCCUAGAUGUUACGUUUGAGCAUCACAAAUCCAUAAAGACUCUUCGACAAUCGCUCAGCAUACAUUGUCCAAUUUGCACACGCCUUGCUCGAAUACUCAGUCAGGACACUGAUCUUUCGAGAGAUCAACCAGUAGCCAUUAAGGCUUGUCUCAGAAAAGUCAGUCAAAGAAUCCAUGGUCCCAAAGGAUAUGACUUCACAUUGGAUUUUGAGCUGAGAAAGGCUCGCUCAAGUCGUUUCUUUCUGGCUAAGAUCGACCCCAGAGUCCAGGCGAUUCCUCGACAACAGACGUCGAACAAUAUCUUAGAAACGGCACGAAUGUGGAUGAAGAGGUGCAAAUGCGCAAGAUCCUGGGAAAUCCCUGGUGAGCGAUGGUAUCCUCGUCGUCUACUAGAUCUGCGGGAGCUGCGCGCCAACCUCAAGGAUCCAAGGAACUCCAGAAUUCGCCUGGUAGAGUCAUCAGAAUGCCCGGGUCUGCAAACAAAGAACAAUGGAACCCAUCGUAUUAGGUCAGGGCACCAAGACGACCGCUAUGUCACGUUGAGCCACUGUUGGGGCAAGCCGAUAGAUGGUGUGAUUCCACUAAAGCUGACGACCGAAACCGAGAGGCGCUUUAAGACAGAGGGUAUUAGACUCCAGGAGCUGCCUAGAACUUUCCGAGACGCAGUUGUAUUCGCUUCAUACCUGGACAAAGUUGGGUUCAUAUGGAUUGAUUCACUUUGUAUUCGACAACCACUCUCGAAAGCACAAGAGCAGCAACAAGAUUGGCUCGAGCAAAGCCGAUACAUGGGAACAGUGUACCAAAAAGGUUUCCUGAACAUCUCCGCAACUGCAUCGUCUGAUGGCAAUGGAGGUCUGUUCUUCGAUGAGCGUCCCGACCACCUUUGGGAGAACAACGUCAACGUGUAUUAUCCAGACCCCAAUCCUUCCGAACCAAAGAGAGAUAACUUCAGCGAACUCGAUGCUUACACGAGAUGCACGCUUAUUGGAACUGCCGCUUGGGAGGAUCUAGUGGAGCUAGCCCCCGUCAACCGACGAGCCUGGGUGUUCCAGGAGCGCCUGCUGGCACCACGAGUUCUGCACUUUGGCUGCAACCAGCUUGCAUGGGAGUGCUGUGAGUUUCAAAGUAGCGAGGAGCAUUCCGACGAGCAGCUGGACAUCGCCCAGAAAAGGCAUCUAAAGCAUUUGACACCCGCCGUUGGGCGAACGUUGCGGGAGAUGCGAUUAAAGGGCGCACCGGACCCAGAUCUGCACUUACGAGACUUGUAUACCUACGAAUUAUGGAAAAUGGUUGUCGAGACGUACUCCCGGAUGCAGCUUACAAAGUUCGAAGACAAACUCAUUGCUCUAGCUGGUGUCGCAAGGCUUUUCCAGGAGUCCUUAUUCAAACUGAAUCCCAGACCACAAUACUUCGCAGGAUUAUGGGGCAUUUGUCUCGAAAGCCAGUUACUCUGGAGUGUAAAAGAAGUGUAUGAAGACAAUGGAAUAUACGACAACCCUGCCCGACGUCACCGUGAAGGUGGUCCCUCGUUCUCAUGGGCGUCAAUAGACAGCCCGUACGGUAUUACCUACAGCGAUGUCACAGAUUACAAAUCAUCAUCAGACACUACUGGAGAGCUGCUCUUCAAAGCAGUAGAUCACAACAUCAGCCUAGCCGACCCAAAGAACCCCUUUGGGAUGGUCACCGGAGGCCAACUACUCCUCGCACCCCGUCAUCUCCGCCGCAUUGAACUGUACAAAUCGCCGGUGUCGAUUCCGUUACCAUUUGCCAUUCGACUAAAGAUAGAGCCUCCACCCAAGCGACCGACAGAGUUUGCAAACAUAUAUCUCGACGCCCCGGACUCUGACGUGGACAUCUUUCAGGCUGAUGCGCAAAUGUACUGCAUGCCAGCCGCAUACGGAGAGCGAACAGAGAAGAAGGGAGAUAGAUAUCUCUACUGUCUGUUACUCAAACACGAAGGCUCUAUUUCCUUCACUCGAAGUGGAAGCGGGCGGACGGAAGGACGGUAUCGAGCGUUUCGACGCGUUGGUAUCGUAAAGCUAAGUGCCUAUCCGAGCGAACGUGAAAGAGAUGCUUUCAAAGAAGAAACCACGAAGGAAGUCAUAUGCUUGUGCUGA